AUGGCGAUUCCACCCGCGCUGCCCUCACCAAAGCUGCCGCUGCUGCCGCCAGCCUCGUCCUUCGCUGCCUUCAUCGCCGCGCAGGCCGAGACGUGCCCUCCGCGCCGCGCUGCCUCCUUCUCCGGAGCCGCGCCGUUUAUCGCAUACUCUGCAGCCGAGGCGGCGUCCAAGGCGCCGCCGCUCGUGUACCGCGAGAAGGUGCUCUUCGACUGCCUCAGCCCGGGCAACGCGAGCAUAUCGGUCACACUCGCUUUGCUUCCCGCCGUCGCCGCCGAGCUGGUGCGCGCAAACAUCCUGCCGGCGGGGGAUUUCUCGAACGCGCCGCCUCCCGAGCCGGAGCCGUUUGACUGGAUGCUGAUGCUUCAGAACGCCGCGCUCGCGCUCGCGCGCGACCUGCUCUCGAAGGUGACGCAGCAGUUCAUCGAGAUUCGCGCAAAGCUGCGUGUGCCGCAGUGGGUCCACAUGGAGCUGAUCAAGCACGUGCCCACCUUCAGCGAGUACCUGCACGGUAAGCCUCAUCUCUCCAUCAAGUCCUCCCUCGCCGGCCGCUGGCGCGCGGCGCGCGGCGUCGCGCUGAGCAAGGUUGCGCGUCGGACGACCCUGCCGUCGCGAGCUUCGUGCGCAACUUCAAGCUCAAAGUCGGGAAGCACGCCCUCUCCGGCUGCCUCUCGUACGUGCUCGGAGUGGUGACGCCGCUACUGCUGCCCACGCCGUGCCCCUUCUUCGUCGGCUUCUUGCUCGGGGACGUGGUCGCCGUCUUCGCCGCAGAGGCGGCGGUGGCCAAGUACGGCGAGAUCAAAUGAAGAGCCGCCCCUCGCAGCAGAGGGAGGGGCGGGGGGGACCGCGGAGAGGCUCGGCUCCGCUCUGCGGCGCGGGCAGCAUGGAGAGAGAGGAGGGGGCGAGCGGGGCGGGGCGGGUUCUCGAACUGGAGCCGUCUCUCGCGCGGGGAGGUGGCGCGGCGCCUCGAGGGGCCGGCGGCGGCGGCGGAGAGAGCGGCGCAGCGGCGAGAGGGGCGCGGCCCCGCCGCAGUGCGCGCGGGUGCCUCUGCAAUGCGGAGGCCGGAGAGGGACGGGCCCACACCCAUGCGCCACGCCGGCCUGGCCGCAUGCGCCGGCCUCCGAACUUGUCUGUACUUUUUGUCAGUAUCCGGAUCAUUUUUGGGACUGAACAACUUUGUCAAGCGCAA